AUGAACUUGAAACCAGCCUCCUUAAUGCUCGAGCGCGUCGUCGUUUCUCUCAAUACUAUUACCAUUCGGGUCGCGACUGCAUCUGAACCAGGGAUGACUUCGAAUAACGAGGACCCAGCUGCCACAGACAAGGACGGUCAUGCCUUCGAGGCCGCACCGGCUGCCGAAUCAGCCGUCCCCAACUCACAAUCGACAGAGGCGGCCUUUGACUACGGCAUUCCCGAAGCUAUACAAAACCGAAUACCUGAAUUUCUGCGGCCGCUGAUAUAUCAGUCCGUGGCCGAGGACCUAGUGGCUGACAAGGACGCGCUUGGUCCCGAUGCCUUCAUGUCUCGUUUCGCCUGGAAUGCCCGGGGUCUAUGUCUUCCUGGGCAGCCUUUAAACGACCUGAACGUCGUCGACAUUGCAGGCGACGGCACCAAGGUCAAAAUAGGAGAAACAGCUAUCGGAACCGCAGACCCAACCCUCCAGAUUACCCUUCCCCAAGGCCCCGGCGCCUGCAGAGUUAUCGUCGGAGUACCGGAGCUGGGGGGCAUGGAUAAAGAUUUUGUCAUCAAGUCCAUCAACCUAGCCAAGGAGAAAGUUGCCGGUGGCGAUCCCGAGGAAGAGUUUCAACAGGAGCAUUUCAAGAGCAGGAUCAGACCAGGUUACGAUCUAGCCAGACUCCGAGGCUUGUGGACUAUGAAGGAGGUGGCGUGGAGUCCUUUCAUCCUUCAUAUCCCGUCAAUGAGAACCCCAAACGACAAUGGCGUGGCUGCUUCCAGUCCAUGCGAAACUGCCCUGCGGGGUGGAGGGAGAGAUGUCCUGUACUUGCAGGUCAGUUGGAUUACCGUACAGACCAUACCUCUGGAGAACAAUAGGUUUUUGUUCGUAUGUGCUCUCCCGUCCAGGAAAUUUGCAUCCAAGAACCCCCUCCGAUCAGCCCACAGCCUCGCCGAACUGAAGAAGCUAGCUGGGGAAAACACCUUGACUAAAGAACAAAUCUUUGAACUACUGUCGCGGGACUUGGAAAAGACCUGCAGGGAAUGCUUCGAAAGCAUCAUGCUGUCAGAUGAAUCGGCGACCAAGCUAGCAGACGGGCGCCCGGAACUGCUCUGCCAGCUCCUCCUACUCGACAUCUUCCGUGCCGUGUCGGAGAGCUGGACAAGGCUCCUCCGCGACAUCGCGGCCACCAUCCUAGCGCUCGACCUACCCAGCAUCCACACCGGCGACCCGGAGCAGAUACUCGUGGAGAUGAAGGGCAACUAUGAGAUUUUCAACAACCUCCUGAUGGCCGCGGUAGACCUGCAGAAUAGUAACGAAUACCUUCUGAACUGGCUGUUCUUCGACCAAGGCGGCCCUGACUGCGCGGUGACGGACGCGAAUCGCUGGCUCAAGCGCGUGAUCUUUGAGCUACGGGCCGACCUGGAACACAACCGCGCCGAGCUCGAGCGCCACAGAGACCACUGGUCGCGGCGGUGGUCCGAGGGCGGCGAGCUCAUCAGGAAGGCCGAGUCCAAGAACGUGGCACGGCUGACACUGGUGGCGGCCAUCUUCCUGCCGCUCAGCUUCGGCGCCGACCUCCUGGGAAUGCAGUUCCGUGUGCGGGAGCUGGGCUUCAUCUUAUACGACUACCUGGGCCUGGUCGUUAGCGCGGGCCUGUUCGUCUACCUCAUCUACAAGAUUGGCCCGCGGCUGCGAGGGGUCAUUGGCCUGUUCAACCGGCGGAGACGGGCAGGGCCGAAGAAGCGGUCGGCCUUUGCCCUGAGUCGCUUCUUUGUGCAGUCCAAUUUUCCCUUGGUUUUCAUUAUUUUGUGGUCUGUUCUCGUCGCCUCCUUCAUGGUUGGGAUGAUUGAUGACAUUGGUUCCUCAUUGGAGGUUUUGAGGUACGGCGGCAUUGCGUGUGCUGGGCUCCUUGGGCUGUUCCUGAUAAUUGCUUUGCUCUAUGGAUGGUUGAUGAGCUUAUUAUUCGAAUUUUUGGGUUGGAAUGUCAUUGGGUAG